AUGGAUGAGUUCGCAGAUUUCGAAAUAAAUCAGGAAGAUUUAUCACAAAUAGAAGAAUUAGAAAUCACUUUGAUGAAUAAUAGUUUCCAUGUAAGCUCUGAAGAAGAAGACAUAAAUAUCCAUCUAGUUACUCGUAAACGUCGUAUUAUGGUGAUAGACAGUGAAGAGAGUGAUGUGGAAGAACAUGCAGUUCCAGAUACCACGGGAAACACUACGCCGUUUACACGUACAUGGGUACUACCAACAGGUAACCAGCGUCGAAUUAUACCUUUCACAGAAAAUCCUGGUUUGCCUACUAAUCUCCGCUUAGCAAAGACUAACAAAUCGCCUGCUGAUUUUUACUCUCUUUUAGUUCCCUAUGAUGUUUUUAUGCACGUAGUAGAAGACACAAAUCAGUUUGCUAUUGAUAGAAUCACCGGGCGCGUGGCUUCAAAAGCAGCGAGAAUCCGUAACUGGUCUCCUUCUAGCGUGCAUGAGAUGAAACGCUUUUUUGCAUUGAUUAUUUUUAUGGGAUUGGUAAAACUUCCUAAGCUUUCUGAUUAUUGGUCAAAAGAUGAAAUAACAGGUCACCCGUUUGCAGCAACAAUUAUGUCUCGUAAUCGAUUUGAAAUGCUUCUUCAAAUGCUUCAUUUUUCCCAGCUUGACAAUGCUCACAAGUCUGAUAGGUUACAUCGAGUAACAUUUACUGGAGGUCAUGAACACUAA